GUACGCGGCCGCAGUACUCGCAGUCGGGUUUUCGCACGUACCGGCGACGCCCGUCCCAAGCCAACCAGCAUCUCGCAUUUCAAAUAUCGAACUUCGAAUUUUGAACUUUUGAAUUUCGAGCGUGCUUCGAAUAUUUUGAUUGGCCGAUUUGCCCCGAGAGUGAGUGUGUUGUUGAAAGGAUUUUUGGUGGUAAAGUUUUUAAUACUGCGUUUCGUCGUCUCCCUUACGAUAACUCGAGCUGCGAACUCUUUGGAUCGGAUCUGUUUUUAGAUAAACUUGUAUACUCUGCCAUGUCACAAUCCAUCUGACACCAAGUUCAGAUACUCGCAUCGACCGAAAAAUAGAACAUAUUACACAAAUUGCUUAUUUUUUGGUCCGCGGGUCAAAAUCGGAUAGUGGAAAAAACUAUGUGGAUAGAUUUACUAGGCAGAUAGUGGUUUUUAUAUAGCCUGACUGUGAUAUUAGUGAUGGCGUCUUUAUGUUGUGUUUGGAUCGUGAGUGUGGUGUUGUGUUUUCUGGGGCAGAUAUCUGGGUUGGACAAUGGGCUGGCUUUAACCCCACCGAUGGGAUGGCUCGCGUGGGAACGGUUUCGGUGUAACACGGAUUGCAAGAAUGACCCCGACAAUUGUAUUAGCGACCGUCUCUUCAGAACGAUGACAGAUAUCCUCGUCUCGGAGGGCUAUGCGUCUGUUGGCUAUGAGUAUAUCAACGUGGACGACUGCUGGCCAGAAAGGGAGAGAGACCCUCGCGGCAGGCUGGUCCCCGAUAGAGAACGGUUCCCCUACGGCAUGAAGAGCCUUGCUGAUUAUGUACACAGCAAAGGCCUUAAGUUCGGCAUUUACGAAGAUUACGGCAACUUCACCUGCGCUGGCUACCCAGGUGUGGUCGGACAUCUUGCAGGCGACGCAGCCACUUUCGCCGCUUGGGGUGUGGAUUAUGUCAAGUUGGAUGGUUGCUACGCCUUGCCCGCCGACAUGGACCACGGUUAUCCCGAGUUUGGUCGCCAACUCAACCUGACUGGUCGCCAGAUGGUCUACUCUUGCAGUUGGCCCGUCUACCAGAUUUAUGCUGGCAUCCAGCCUAACUUCUCGUCGAUCAUCGAGCACUGCAACCUGUGGCGGAACUUCGACGACAUCCAAGACUCGUGGGCCUCCGUCGAGUCUAUCAUAGACUACUACGGAAACCAUCAGGACGUAAUCGUGCCUAACGCAGGGCCUGGACACUGGAACGACCCGGACAUGUUGAUCAUCGGAAAUUUCGGACUAUCGUACGAGCAGAGUAAGACCCAGUUUGCGAUAUGGGCGAUCCUUGCGGCACCACUACUGAUGAGUGUGGACCUGCGCACCAUCAGACCAGAGUACAAGGCUAUUCUGCAGAACAGAAAGAUCAUCGAAGUCGACCAGGACCCACUUGGAAUCCAGGGGAGAAGAAUAUACAAGCACCGAGGUAUCGAGAUAUGGUCGCGUCCGAUCCUGCCAAUUCAAGGCGCUUACUAUUCGUAUGCUGUGGCCUUUGUCAACAGACGGACCGACGGUACUCCCUCUGAUGUGGCUGUAACUCUCCGGGAGCUAGGACUCAACAACCCUGCCGGUUAUAGAGUUGAGGAUCUGUACGAGGAUGUGGACUAUGGAGUGCUAUCGCCGCAGACGAAGAUCAAAGUGAAAGUGAACCCCUCAGGUGUGGUGAUACUCAGAGCUGAUGCGCAGCCGGCGUAUGCAUUCAACGCGAUCCCUACACGAACGCCGUAUGCGCCACUCAACGACGUCUUCAGACUGACCAAGAAGAAGUAACGCCAUCUAUCCACGGCUACGGGAACUAUUUCGUCUACUUAGUUUGUCGCAGAGCAAGACUGUUGUUAGUUCCAAAUUUCGCCACUAUGGCGCUAGGGUAUAUUUGCAAUAUUGGAGCCAUAAAAAGUUACUCUAUGAUUGGAGCAAUGUUGUUGUAGGUUGUUUGUUAAGCAUUUUUUUUGCUUGUAGAAGUAUUUAUCUUACAUACAUUAAUUGUAUUUAGUUUGCGUUCCAACGGUAAGUACUAAAAAAGUUUUAGAGGAUACAAAAAAACUAGUUCGUAACAUAUUAUUUUAUUCAUAAAGCAACAGCCUUGCCUGUCUGCGACGUCUCCAAGUCAAUCUAGAAUCUAAAGUACAAUCAUUAUAAAUUCUAUUUUCUUUAUUUUCCAAUUGGUGUGAAAGAUAGUUACCAUCCAGUUUCUCAGUCUUGCCUGUAGGUUACAUUUUAUUUAUGUUUCAUUCUCGCUAGUGUGAUCAAUUUUAGUCGCAAUCCAUGAAAGGAGAUUUUGGGCUUAAAAGUAGUUUUAUUUUAAAUGAAAAUCAAAGAGGAAGCUUCUAGGAUCGGCAACGUGGAUGGUCUAAUCCUAAAAUUAUGAUUAGGCAGGUCACCAAAUAUAUCCUAUUUGAUUUCUUCUUUGACUUUACAAUAUUUACUAAAGUAAUCUUUUGACUUACUUACCCUUUGAGUGACUUUUAAAGCAAUUUGUAAAUAUUCAAAGUCAUUUGACUAUAUUUUAAAACAGAGAUCCAAAUAUUUUGCCCUGGGGGACUCCUUUCGCGGAUGGGCCUGUAGUUAUUGUGUAACAAAAUAUGAGGAGGAUUGUUUUUGCCAUUACGUUGUACCUAGGAUAAGGAUGUACAUUUUAGGUGCCUGUAAAUGUAAGUUUUGUAGAGAACACAAUAAAAUAAUUUCUGUAUAA